ACUUCACAGUGAGUCCCUCUUGAGAAUUAGAUCUUUGUUUGCUUCAAACAUUUACUGAUAAACAACCACAUUGUCAAGAUACUUAUUGUAGUCCACAAUCUCAAUUUGUGUGUCUGUCAUCAGAAGAUUGUACAACAGAGCUGCUAUCCUGAGACCGCAGCAGCUGCAGACACUCCAUUCAUCUUCCCUUUAACCAGCUUCUGUGUACCUGCUGAAGAAAGGGCUCACCACGGCAACGUGCAGCCAGAACCAUGUUUAACAUUGAGAAGAUGCAGCAGCAGUGAGGAGGUAUUAAACCCUGCAGCCUUAUUCGUCGGCAGUUCACACCACUUCCUGAUGCUGGCGUCGCCUUUUCUACAAGAUACAGGACCAUGAGAGGAAGAUGCCUGGAGAUAACUUGAUCACCUCAGAGAAUGACACUGACAUUGAACUGGAUUUUACUGGUGAUGAAGAUCUUCAAGAGAAUCGUGAGAAGGAAAAUAGAGGGAAGAGAAGAAAUGGUGAAAGAGACAAAAAGAAGAGGGAAAAUGGGAGGAGAAAAAGAUCAUCUAAAUCAGUGCAAAGAACGAGAGAGGAAUCCCAAACCAGGAUAGAGAGAAGAGAGAGGGGUGGGAGACGGCGAGGAAAGGCUGACAAUGAGGUAAAAGGACAUGAGGGGAAUGAAGGCGGGCGCGCUCAAACCAGAACGAAGACAGCAAAGUCAAAGAAAGAUAUCAAGAAUGAGAAAACAAAAAAGAUGGAGGUUGAGGAGAAUGGAGAAGCUGAAAAAAGAAAUGAAAAGAGCAAAAAGAAGCGUGAAUGUGCCAAAAACAAGGAAAAACUUGAAAACGAAGACGAACGCAAGGAAAAAGAGAAAGCUCAUAAAGUGAAGAAGAAGAAGAAGAAAAAGCACAAGAAAGUUGUUGAAGUGAGUUCAGAACCAGAGACGAGCGAGGAGGAUGAUAAUGAAGAAGACGGCAAUAACGACGGAGAGGUGAGGCCUGAGUUACUGUCACCAGAGGAGCUGGAGAGGCUCAAGGAGGCAGUGGACGAGAAGAAGAAGCUGAUCCAGAGUCUGAGGGGGAAGCCCUGGCCAAUGAAACAGAAACUGGUCACUUUAAGAGAAUCUCAGCAGUUUGUGGAGAAAUACGAGGGAGCUUUGGGGAAAGGAAAAGGCAGGAAGCUCUACGCGUACAAGGUCAUGAUGACAAAGAAAUGGAUGAAGUUUCAAAGAGACUUUGAGAACUUCAAAACUGCCUGCAUCCCGUGGGAGAUGAAAAUAAAAGAGAUCGAAAGUCAUUUUGGCUCUUCGGUUGCCUCAUACUUCAUCUUCCUAAGGUGGAUGUACGGCAUCAACAUGAUCUUGUUUGGUCUGACCUUCGGGCUGGUUAUGGUACCGGAGGCACUAAUGGGGAGGCCCUAUGGCAGCAUCCCGAGAAAGACUGUCCCCAGAGCUGAGGAAGCCAGUGCCAUGGACUUUGCUGUCCUUUGGGACUUUGGGGGUUACGCCCAGUACUCUGUCCUCUUCUAUGGUUACUAUAACAACCAGCGUGCUAUUGGCUGGUUCAAGUUUCGCAUGCCGCUGUCGUAUUUCCUAGUUGGUGUAGGUACAGUGGCCUACAGCUAUAUGGUCGUCAUACGGACGAUGGCGCGUAAUGCCAACGAGUCAGGUAUCGGAGAUGAUAACAGCUUCAACUUCAGCUGGAAGACGUUCACCAGCUGGGAUUACCUGAUAGGAAACCCUGAGACAGCGGACAACAAGUUUGCCUCCAUCACCACCAGUUUUAAGGAAGCAAUCUUGGAGGAGCAAGAGAGCCGAAAAGAUGACAACAUCCAUCUGACUCGUUUCCUGCGAGUGCUGGCCAAUUUCCUGGUGUUGUGUUGCCUAGCAGGAAGCGGAUACCUCAUUUACUUUGUGGUGCGACGCUCUCAGAAGUUCGCCCUGGAGGGUCUGGAGAAUCACACCUGGUGGGAAAGAAAUGAGGUGAAUAUGGUCAUGUCAUUACUGGGAAUGUUCUGCCCCAUGCUGUUUGACGUCAUCAGCACCCUAGAGAACUACCACCCCCGUGUCGCCCUGCAGUGGCAGCUGGGCCGCAUCUUUGCCCUUUUCCUAGGAAACCUCUACACCUUCAUCAUCGCACUCAUGGAUGCGAUCAACCUCAAAAGGAAAGAGGAGAAAGUGGUGAAGUACAACAUUACCAUGUGGGAAGCAAGUUUUUAUAACGGCACAGGAUCAGAAAACAGCACUGCUCCACCCAUCACCAUCCACCCUGCUGAUGUGCCGAGAGGGCCCUGCUGGGAGACGAUGGUGGGGCAGGAGUUUGUUCGACUCAUUAUAUCUGACACGAUGACGACUUACAUCACCCUGCUGAUCGGGGACUUUCUGAGAGCUGUGCUUGUUCGUUUUCUUAAUCAUUGCUGGUGUUGGGACCUGGAGGCUGGAUUUCCUUCGUACUCUGAGUUUGAUGUCAGCGGCAAUGUGCUGGGGCUCAUCUUCAACCAAGGAAUGAUAUGGAUGGGAGCUUUCUAUGCCCCCUGCCUGCCGGCUCUAAACCUCCUGCGGCUCCAUGUGUCCAUGUACCUGCAGUGCUGGGCUGUGAUGUGCUGCAAUGUUCCACAGGAAAGAGUCUUCAAAGCCUCGGGCUCCAACAACUUUUACAUGGCCAUGUUGCUGGUCAUCCUCUUCCUGUCCACUCUGCCGGCCAUUUACACCAUUGUAACCAUCCCCCCUUCAUUUGACUGUGGCCCCUUCAGUGGCAAGAACAGGAUGUUUGAUGUGAUCCAAGAGACGUUGGAGUCUGACUUCCCUGCCUGGUUUAGUAAAGUGUUCAGCUAUGCCUCCAACCCCGGGCUGGUGCUACCCUUCAUAUUGCUCAUGGUAUUGGCCAUUUAUUACUUACAGUCCACAUCCAAGAGCUACAAAGAAGCAAACAUAGAACUGAAGAAAAAGCUACAGAUGCAAAAUGAAGAAAACAAGAAAAAGAACAAACAAGCAGCACUGAAGGCACAAAUGGAUCUGGAGGAGGCCAGAAAGUCAGCAUCUCAUGCUGUGGAGCAUCAAAGGAACAACAAUGCUUCAGUCCAAAGACAAGAGGAUGAUGAAGAAAUCUACGAAAGAAGUCAAAAGAACCAUCAUGGACACAACCCUUGUCCCAUUGCCCCUGACAAUGAACCACGCCUCCCAGUUAGAGGCCCUGGUCCCAGAACUUACCAAAGUGGCCACCCUGGGAACCCACGAUACCUGCCUGGUUUUCAUCAGCAAACUGAGCCCAGGCUGACCAGGGGCCCGAGCCUGCAGAGACACUGAGGGAGCAAAGACUCAACCAGCAGCCAUGCAUUUUUCUGAGGGCUUCAGGUUUACCUGGAACUGAAAAAAAAUGAAAGCAGUAAAAUGAAGGCAGUUAGUGUGACAAUCUGAAUUAGAACUGCAUAAAUAGCAUAAAUAUAAUACUGUAAAACUUUUAGCAAGUUAUAUUA